CCACCCCCAUCGCCCAUCAAAACCUACGCAGCUGUCUCUCCUCUCCUCUCCUCUCCCACUACGCUAAGUACGGUUCGCUGCUCCGAACGCAUUCGAGUCCGUCUCUCCGCCUCUGCAAGCCACCGAAAGCCCGACCCUUUUCGCCAUCGUCGAUGGCUUUGCCGAAUCAGCAGACCGUUGAUUACCCGAGCUUCAAGCUCGUCAUUGUCGGCGAUGGAGGCACAGGUAAAACGACUUUCGUGAAGAGACAUCUUACUGGGGAGUUUGAAAAGAAAUACGAGCCAACUAUUGGUGUCGAAGUCCAUCCGUUGGAUUUCUUCACAAACUGCGGGAAAAUCCGGUUUUACUGCUGGGAUACUGCAGGGCAGGAGAAAUUUGGUGGUCUAAGAGAUGGAUAUUACAUUCAUGGCCAGUGUGCAAUUAUCAUGUUUGAUGUCACUGCUCGAUUGACAUACAAGAAUGUUCCUACAUGGCAUCGCGAUCUCUGCAGGGUUUGUGAGAAUAUACCUAUUGUUCUCUGUGGGAACAAGGUAGAUGUGAAGAAUAGGCAAGUUAAAGCAAAGCAGGUUACGUUCCAUCGGAAGAAGAAUUUGCAGUACUAUGAAAUUUCUGCAAAGAGCAACUACAACUUUGAGAAACCCUUCCUCUACCUUGCCAGAAAACUUGCUGGGGAUCCAAACCUCCACUUUGUUGAGUCUCCUGCCCUUGCUCCUCCGGAAGUGCACAUUGACUUGGCCGCACAGCAACAGCAUGAGGCAGAACUUGCUCAAGCAGCUAUUCAGCCACUUCCUGAUGAUGAUGAUGACGCCUUUGAGUAGAGGGUUGAUGAACUGAAGGGUGUUUCAAGUUUUUGGUAGUGCGAUUUAUGCAUCCUUGUGCUGUCUUGAAUUGAUCGGAUGAACAGAAGAAUAUGGUCAUAUCUCAGGACCAUGGAAUUCUGGUAGCUGGAUACUCCUUUUAUCUCGCUUCAUCCCCCUCCCUUUCCUCCUGUUCUUUUCCUUCACUUGCUGCUUUUCAAGUAUGGUCUUGUUAAUGAGAGUCCUAUAAUACCAUUAGGAAGUCCUCUGCUUCUGGGAUAUUGUAUGGGUGUUUGGUGAUACUUCUUUAUUAAAUCUUAAAUAGCAUUAUUUUCUCCUUCUAGUA